UUUAUAUAUUUUUUUUAUUUUCACGAUGACUUUGUCAUUAAUUAGGACAUUUACCUUACGUCACAAAUUAGGUUAAAACUAUACUGUCAUAUUAUUAAAUAUCUCUCUCAGCCAUCUUGAAGAAAUAUAGAUAAAAUCGAAUCUUCCCACGUAAAUAAAAAAUAUUACAUAACUGAAACCCCAAAUGUUCAAGUUUCCCAACAAAAUCAAUUUUAUUUACUUAUCUAAACACGUUUUAAUUGAUUAAUUUACUUUCACGAAGUUACUUGGAGAGCUAUUCGUGGAAAUGGACCUGUUCGUGGAAAAGGAUCCUGGAAUAUUUUUGCAAAAUUCUCUUUUCCCCAAUCUGGAGAAUGUCGAUUCAAUCAGAAUCCAUUCCGAACAAGUUCGCAAUAGCUUCCUCGGUUACUAAUUGGGACAUUCAUCUUGUUGCAGUUUUGCAAACGUCGCGUUUACGUCGUCAUUUUUUCCAAAAAACCAUCUGCCCGCAGGAAGCGUGCUGUUGGAGCUGCGUCGCUUGCCGGGAGGACGCUUAUGUGUACAACGACACGUGCAAGAAUUGUUACCCCGGCUACGCGCCAAAUUCCACGAUGACCGGCUGCAUCAAGCUCACCGCGGAAGUUAUACCCUGGACGAGUCCUUGGGCGCUAGUACCGUUGAUCUUCGCGUCCAUCGGGAUCCUCAGUACCCUCUUCACUACCAUCGUCUUCAUACGAUUCAAUCGCACCCCGGUGAUCAUGGCGUCAGGUCGCGAGCUCUGCUACGUCCUGCUGGUCGGCAUUCUCUCGUGCUACGGCAUGAGCUUCGUCAUACUGAGCAGGCCGACCACGUGGAAUUGCACGUACUUGAGAAUCGGCCUCGGUCUCUGUCUCAGUAUAUGCUACAGCGCGAUCCUCACGAAGACCAAUCGCAUAUCGCGGAUAUUCAACCAGAGCACGAAGAGGAUCAAGAGGCUCUCCUACACAUCGCCGAAGAGCCAAGUGGUAAUAGCUAGCGGUGAGUACGAGUUGCACUCACCUCGGUAAACACGCCGACGAGCCAACCGGAUCGAGAGGAUAAUUGCGCGCCGAUGUUUGACGCAACGAUGAAAUAAAAGCCCGAAACCGUGCGCGAUCGCAAGAAAGGGAAUAAUGGCCCGGUCCUUACGACGGAGUUUCGUAUCGCCACUUCACGCGUAGGAGCCCAUCAAUUAGGACGAUCUGUCAGAGUCUAUCCACAUUGUCCCGAUCACGAUUAAGCGUCACACCUUACACUGAUCGUCUCAUAAGUAGCUGCGUAUUUAUUAAGAAAAAACGAAAAAUAACUUG